AUGGACGAAAUCCCAGCCAGGGAGGCAUCCGGCGAUACGGACCCUCUCCCAGACAAAGAAACCUCCCCCCAGACCGAAAACGCCGUCCUCAAGAACCGAGUUGCUGAUCUCGAACAAAAAGUUGCAACUCUCCAGGACGUAGCAAACAUUGACCGCAAGGAGUAUGGUCGACAACUUAGAAUCCUGAGAUCGGUAGGUUUUGCCUGGCUGUCCUGUGUUCCCCAGGACAUGAGCCAGGAAUUGGACGGCGUUUUGUUCUCCGCGCAAACCUGGUGCCAGAGUUAUGCCUUGAGGAAGCUGGUCGACCUUGCAGAACUCAGCGCCGAUGACAAGCAGGGCAUCCUCGAUCGCCUAGCGGGUUACUGGGUGCAGGAUCUGGACUGGGAUACCCUGAUGGGGUCGUUUCCGUAUCCGAUCCGUCGAAACGUGCUGAACUUGGUCGCCCAAACGAUGUUGACCAAGGACCUCAUGGAAAGGUUCUUCGAAAAUCCAUUUUGGUUCAUUGAGGGCGACACGGAUCAGCACGACGAAAUCGAAAGCUCGAUAUCCUGUGCACAGCGUCUGCAGCAUCUAUACCAGCAAUUCUUAAAAACAAACCCCCUUCGAGCCAGUCGUCGGAAAACAGAAACCGUCCGUCUUUCCCACUCCACCCUCCCAAACCAGGCCACAGACCUCGAACUUUGCCAGCAGACUCAAAAGCGGCGCGAAGAAGCCGUCUCGUCAUUCACCUCCGCCAUGCUUUCUAGCCGGCCAUUCCAGAUGCUCCUGCGAGACGUGAAGCCCGAACAGGCAGAGGAACGCGAGAAGGCGCUGCUAGAGGUCUAUCGGUUCGCUGAUCAGGCGGCGUUUACCCUAGGUUCGAACUACGGGUCCUACCAAUACAAGACCCUCGCGAGUCUGGGAGCCACUCUCAAUCGGACCUCCGAGCUCGUAGUUACCCAGACCAAGCAUCGAACUCCCGAAAACGAGGAGGAUCCAUCAUUAGACGGGCGUCGAAUCUUAGGGAUUCUGAACCCGGCGGUAGAGGCAUUCGACCUUGGUGAUAACCUGCAGCAUGCGGUAUUAGCCAAAGCGCAGGUCCUACUCGAGCAUCACGAAUUGACUCAAGAGCGAUAUGAGGAGGCUCGACGUCAGUUCGUCGAGAAGGCUCGCGAGGAAGCUCGCGAGGAACCUGAGGAGCCGGCGAUAAAGAAAAAGAAGAAGAAUGGAAAGUCGGCAUAA